CCGAAAGCAGCAACAUUCGUGGGAAUGGGGUGCCUUAUGACUUUUUUUUGAGUUACCUUCAAGUUCUAUUAGGGAACUGCAUACUGUGAUGGAUCAUCGAUUGGGACGCCGAGCCAUCAGUGUAGUUCUGGCUGCAGAACCGAGUCAUGACCUCAUGAAACAAAUCAUGAUGUUACCUAGUAUAUCAUACUCGACAAGCCUGUCCUUGUCACGUAGCGACUCUCCCCUGGUAUCAACAAGCUUUGCAAUAUUGCAGCUGGUCUUAAUGAAUUGGCAUAAGUCAAUCUCACGUACCCACUAGGUGAUCUGUCCUGUAUACACAGUUCCCUUACACAAACUCCUACUCAAAUACGGUUACGAUGAGAUCUCCUUUGGCAGUCCUUAUACUUACUAUUGGAAUAGCCAGUGCUACCGGCUCAGCAGGUUGUGGACAGUCCAUAUCAUUGAACCAGGGCCCUGGGUCUAGCCAGAGUGUGAUCUUCACCACAUCAGAUGGCAUCCAUCGGCCCUAUCGAAUCUACAUCCCUUCCAGUUAUAGUAUAAAUACGCCAACUCCAUUGAUCUUCUCAUUCCAUGGUUGGAAUAGAUCCCUUGAAUGGCAGGAGUCAUUGACCCAAUUCAGCAAUGAAACAUGGAACCCAGAUACUAUUGCUGUUUACCCCCAGGCGCGGGAGCAAGGGCGUGCUGGGUGGCAACGAGACUCUGAGUACCAAGGCAUCGACGACAUCACGUUCAUAAUGGAAUUGCUCGAUGACCUUCAGGAUAAAUACUGUAUUAAUCCCACUAGGAUAUACGUGACAGGCAAAUCUGAUGGAGGUGGAUUUGCUAAUGUCCUUGCCUGCGAUAAAAUAGCAUCUACCCGGAUUGCAGCCUUUGCUCCAGUUUCAGGUUGCUAUUUUCAAGACGUCUCGGAAGAGGACUGCCAUCCAAACACUGUGCCCAUUAAAUGUACUCCUGGUCGCUCCUCUGUUCCAAUUCUUGAGUUCCAUGGUACAGUCGAUACUAUAGUCCCUUAUGAAGGUGGUCAACUCCUUCAACGCAAGAAAUGUCUUCCUUCUAUCCCACAUUUUAUUCGCCAAUGGUCCAAGCGUCUGGGAUAUGGACUGCACAGCAAAACCACGAAGCUAUAUGAUGGAAAUGUUCGGAAAUUUGAGUAUGGACAUAAGGGAAAGCUGGGAAUUGUGACUCAUUACCGUAUUGAUGGAUUGGGGCAUGCUUGGCCGAGCACGGAACCCAAUAAUGAUAAUCCUGAUGGGACAUACUUCGAAGCAACACCGAUUAUUAUGGACUUUUUCAGGCGUUGGUCGUUGCCUGACAAUGAAGACAUUAACAGGGAUGAAAUGUGAAUGGGUGCAUUAACGGUUCUGCUCGGCUUAGUUCAAAAGAAUUCAACAUGGAGAGAUAGACGAACCGAGUGCUGCUGUAUACAGUAAGACCUGACACCUGGACAUUUUGUGCCCGGUUAUGCUCCUCUUGCAUACAACCCGAUUUAGUGCCGACUAGCCUCAAGUCCAUUCCCGCUACGAGGUCAUCACUUCAGGUCUGUUACUACGGAGUUUAUUUGUUCUCCUAGAUCUGUUCCCACUGCAAAGCCUGUUCCUAGUUCCAAAUCUAUCCAUACUACCGGGUCUGUUUAUAGUAAUGGGUACAUUCAUUAUCUAUAUACU